GUGUACUGUACUCUGUAGAUUCACGUUCUAUUUUCAGCAAAUAGUUAAAUAAGUCUAAAAAUUAAUAGUUAAAUUUGUCUUAAAUGUAUUAUUUUUAAGACCAAUCUGAAAGUGCUGUUGGAUAUGAAGAGAUCUCUGAACGAUAGUCACAAUCAUCAGCUGCAGUGUAUCCGUCCGUAUACAUAGUUGGUGAACCAUACAUAAAUAAUGGCAAAGUGGAAAGGGCCAGCUAUACCUAGACGCAAAGACUCGAGUAACGCUCUAUUCCGAGAUUGCCUCUCUGGUGAUAGGGAGUAUAGAGAGAUGAUUAUGCGAGCUGAGAACUCCUACUACGCGCCUCCCGACCCAGCCGUGCAUUACUGGUUGCCAGUCGCAGUGCACACGGUCAACAACAAGUACCUGUGGCAGAGAUUUUACGAGAAAAAGCACGAGCUACAAAGUCGCAAUCAUGAUUCAAGAGAGCAGUGUGGUUUUGGCGUGUCAAAGAAUGGAAUUAUCCAGCAAAUAUGCAUGCACGGCUUAAAGGCAGUGCAGCGAAAGAAAAACCACCUGGGUGACAGCAGUAAAGGACUUAAUGUUCACCUCCAUGCAGAUGAAGUCAUGCGCUUAGCUCAGCGAAUAAACUUCACCAGUCCUCUCUUUCUGGUGGUGUACAAGGUUAUGUUGGGGAGGCAGUGCUUAGUCCCACCAGACUACGAGUCGAGUCCUUCACCAGACUUCGACAGCCAUAUCGCCUCGAGUAAAGCGCCGCCAAACAUGCCAAAGAAUCACUUAUGCGGGCGAGCGGCUCAGGGGUACUUAUACGAAUUUGGCUCAGAUGGGAAGCCAGUGUCAUGCCCUCGUCACUGCGUGCCAGCAGGAAUUAUUACAUACGUCAAAGUGCAGGACCAUGUCGCAUGGAAGGAGGGGCGGCUACUGGGUUUGCAACCACCACGUGGUCCCAUGCCAUCCCUGCCAGCGGGUGGUGCAUCUUCACCGGCAGCGCUUUCCACGCAGCAGAAAUACAAAAUUCACAGUGCUGAACCGAACCAAGACAGCUCGCCUGCAUCUGUGGUAUCGACGUUGAACAGGAAAGAAUCAUCUUUGAAGUCCUCACAAAAGACGUCAGUAAAUCGUUCGCCUGGUCCCUUAAGUGCGACGUCGUCGGCAGAAAAAGUGCGAGUGGAUCCUCGAAUUCAUCACAACGAUAGUACUGCUGUGCCCCAAGCCAGUUCCCAUACACGUGAUCAGGAAAAGACCUGUGCUACCGAUGUCAUUAGUCAUAACAACGACAGUGUUUUGCCACAGCCGAGUCCUCACGAACAGGUUCCUUCGAUUAGUCAUAUGGAGAGCGAGGAUGUAUCAUCGCCUGUGCAAAGUGAUAGGUCUCCCCCUGGCGACAUCGAACAGAUUCGCUGUCCGAGUGAGGAUGACUUUGUCAUGCAGUCAGGCAAGAAACGCAAAGCUAUUGGCCUCGUGGGAAGGGGUGGGAAGCGAAAGUCAUUGCAGCGAAAUGCAGUUGGCAGGAAGCAGAAAGGAUCGGCAUCUUCUAACAUUGCUGAAUCAGUGAAACUAAAAAGAAGAUGCCGAUCCUCUAACGAUGCUGACUGGGAGGCCAACAAAGGCAAGGAAGCUGAAGAAGAAGCUGCGGAAACAGCACCCGUGCCGUCCAACUCAACGGAGACUGCGGGCACGCAGAAGAGAUUUCAGAGAAAAUUCAAAUCGGGAAACCAGACCAAUCCCGCGAAAAAACCGGCGCCUGCGUCGCUGCUGAAAAAGAAGACCGUUAAAGGGCGUUGGGCGAGCGGCGGCAGCCAGAAGAAUUCACGGGGGGCUGCGCAGGAGAAGGAGGCGUUGGCGUGUGAUCCCGCUGCGGCGGCCCCUGCCUCGCACACGGGCCAGCACGAUGCACAGGAGCGGCUCAUCAUAUCGAAGAUCAAUCUGCUGCGCCGCGACCCGGACGCCGCCAUCCAGCAAGAGAUCGUGCAGAUGCGCGCGCAGCUCGAGCGCAUCCGCAUGCGUCGCCGCGGCAACUGCGAAGCGUCCGGCGGCGACGGCGCCGCCGACCCGGCCGGCUCCGCGGCGCUUAUCUACAUGGAUGUUUGCGGCGGCGCCACCUGGUCUCCGUCGACUGACGGCGACGGCGACGGUGGCAGCGGCGGCGCUCCCGAAGUCGCGUCUCUUGUGUGGGGUGCGGAGUCGGGAGCGAGUAGCCUGCCGGUGAUCUCGAACGUGAUGAGCGUGGAUUCGCAGCUGCUGGGCUCAGCGAGCGUAGCCGGCAGCAGCGGCGAGCUCGCCUCGUUCCCGGCCGUGUACAUCAAGCAGGAGCCCGUCGACUACGGAUACCUGUCGAGCUACGCCGCGCCCACGUACCCGCCGUAUGACGGUGAUGACCCGGCUUUCCAGCACGUGCAGGUUGCCGUCGCGUCGGACCCGCUCUACCAGCCCGUACUUUCUCUGCAGCGGUUGCCGCCGGACCAGCUGGCAAAGUUUGCCAAGGUUGAGUCCGCCGGCGAGACGACAGCAGCGAACAGCUUAGUACCGCGUCGGGGAUCGGACCACGCGACUUUGUGCGAUGGUGUCGACGAUUUGCCCGACAUCCCCUCGCUGCCUGACGGCUCGGAGGAGAAGCUAGCUGGAACGGCAGGCAGUCGGACGGACGAGAACGACAUGAAGCCGCCGCUGUCGCGACACGCGGCGGCGCGCACGCCUCUCACGCCGAGUCCCGACCUACCGACUGCGUGCAGUCCCAGCCUGACGAUGGGCGCCUCGUUCGGUCGCUCGCCGGCGGUCUCCUGGAGCUACCAGCCGCCGGCACGCUUCAUGGAUGGCGUCGCUGCGAAUCUGGCGCAGUUCCUGCAGGGGUGCAUGGUGCAGGCGAGCACGGCCGAGGAGAUACAGCAGCUGGCGCAGCUAGCGAAGGUCGUGCACGCGCAGCUGACGGGCGUCCCGGCCGUGCCACUGCCCACAAAACCAACGGACGCGCUGGCGUUGUCCGCGUCAUCGCAGUCGUCUUCCGUAGCGAGACGGGAGCAGGGCGUGCAGGCGCGCGCCAGCAUGGUGAGUCGGGGGCAGUGCACCGACGACGAACCAAAGAUUUCCCUCCCUGCGAAACCGGUGCGCGUGCCACACACGGUGAAGUGUCGCGAGCAGGUGACGCAGACGGAGGACUCUCAGCCGCUGGAACUUCUGCACGUCGUGCGCAGCUGCAUCCACUGCAAGAUCAACAGGAGUCAGAUGUCGAAAGAAGUGCAGACGUCAGUGCAGCUAGUGAAGAGUGUCGGCCAUCAGACAGUGCUAGAGCUGGCUUGUCUGCGUUGCGCUGCAGAGCCAAAAACCUGCAACAGAACCGUACAAACCAUGUCCAGUUAUCUGCGCAGCCGUUCGUCGUCCCACCGCAAAGAACGCCGCAGCUCUAGCGACAAGCACAAGGCAUCCAGUGAGAGGUCGAGCCAAAACCAGCAGUCUAGCCUGACCGGACUUCUCGCUUCGCACAUACACAGCAGUGCGCAUCUCUUCUCUGCUGGUGCUAAGCUGAAGGUGUCGUCGGAGAGUGUUGAGGAUAGGGAGGAAUUUGCAGUGCCAGCGUCGAAGACGAAACACAGACAUGGCAGCCGCGAUAGAAAACGCUCGCAUUCAGGGUCGCACGUGAGGCCAGCCUUUGAGAGCGCCACGUCGCCGCCGAGAUUGCCCACCGCAGAGCACAAAACGGACGGUGGCCACUUCGCCGAGAUACCGUCACCAAACUUUGAGAUGUUUCGAGGUGCCAAACGCGUCGACAAGGAGUUUGGCUUUGCCGUGCCCAACUUCAAACCUGGCCUGCUUGUGAGUUCGCACGCGGUUCAGAGUCCGUCGGAUCACGACAGUGAGAAUGAAGCCGCCCCUGCGGGGGCGAAGACGCACAAGCCGUUGAAGAUUCCUCUGGAAAGUUCUACGGUGAAAUGCGACGAUCCGCGACUCCGAAACGCGAGUGGCAGAAGUCCUGCUAGUCUGGAAGCUGGAUCGCCAGUGCCGAUGAAGGCCUUGAUGGACGUCAGCCCGAAGCAGCACGGUGUGGCAGGAAAUGCUGACGGGGACAUCGCAAGCAACAGCAGUGAGAGAGCGAGCGGUGCAGCGGGCGUGCUUGCGCCGGGGCUAGGUUCGAGUUUCCCCAUGCCCUCGUCCAUUAGCACGCCGUCUACCACGUCCCCAACAAUGGAGAGUGCCAUGAAUAAUCCCAUCCAGAGCAAAGUGACAGCAGAUCUUGUUGAAACUAUGCUAGCUCCUGUGAGUUCGCCUUCCCCUGGCCCAACAGACAGUCACAGUGCUAGGAGGAGGAAGACGAAAUGGGACAGUAAUGUUUCUCAAGGCGUCUCACCGUCAGAUAACAGCAGUCCAUCACCAAUGACACUUCAACAGGGCAAUGAAUCCAACCACACGAACAGUCCGGUCACAACAGCUGAUACAUCUGAACUGAACAAGAGCAUUCCUAUCUUAACGAUUCAGCAAAUUCGGAAAAUAAAGGCGAAAAAGCUAGCAAAAUCACUUGCAAACAAAAUUAAACUGGAGGCGUCAAACAAAAAGGUGAGCCCCGAUUCCGGCGAGUCUAAAUCCACGGAAUCGGAGACCAAAGAUUCGAGUAAGUCGGAGCCAGGACAGGAACCCAGGACACAAGCUGUUAUGAAAACCCAAUUAUUGACCUGCUUGGACAAACUUGAACAAGUUCUUAAAGCAUCCAAGCCUGUGCCUGAUUCUUCAACAGCAAGUAUCAGUGCAGAUAAGCAGACGAUAGAGGCAUGUGAUAGCAGCGUGAAAAGUUUUGCUACCGGUAGCAGUGAUCGAGGAGUUCUUUAUAGCCCCGGGUUUAGUCCCAUUCUCGAUGGGCAAUCUCCACAAUCUAGCCAGGUUAAGAAACGACACGUGUUGACAUCUGCUCCUCGUGUAACACUAAAAGCUAGUGUCUCAGUAACAUCGAAGAAUCUACGCUCGGCAGAGGCCCAGCAUCCAGUAUUAAACGCCUCUCCAUCCAGCGUCUCCACACCUUUUGGUGCAAUCGGGACAAAUUGCAGUUUCGUUCCUGGGUCACCUAGCAAGAGGCUUGACACCCAGAAGACUCAUAGAUCUGCUGGUAAUAUGCAGCAUCAUGUUAACACCGAGGUGAUGUCACCAAUGCAGCCCAACUAUGAUGUUAGUGAUGCAGGCAUUACCUCUCCAGCUAGUGUGCACAGUAGGUCGAUGUCAUCAUAUUCACCACUGAUCUCAACACCAUCACAAAUGGGAGGCAUGUGUCGACAAGAUUCUCUCAGCGACAAAAGCCCACUGCUUUCGUCCCCGUGUAUUGUGACGCCGCCAGCACAAUCACCAGUGGACGAAUCUGUCAGACAUUCAGCGGCGGGUUCACAGCAAAGGGUCAGCAAGUCGGAAUCAGAGUGGCAUCGGCGUCGUUCUUCCUUGGCAGGCAAGAGCCCGUUGUUGCCGAAUCCGGACAUCCCUUCGGACACACCCCACAUGUCAGCAUUGAACGAUGAUAAACAAGUGUACGGUUUCGACGAAGCCGCGUCGUAUGCGCAGGAAACGACGGACCGCAACGGCUUGACGGGUUUUCGAAAUCCGUCGCCCCCUCUAAAGAAUAAAUCUUCGCUGCUGUCGGAAUUCGACUUCACUCCGCCGCCGCCGCCGGCAGCGUCGCCUCCCCCACUGCCCCACGAGGGCGUGGAGAGUCCACCCCCACCUCCUCCCCCAGCGCAUCCAGCCGAGACGAAGCACAGGAGGCAUCUACUGCCUUCUCCGGCAUUGCCGUCAACCUCGGAUCGAACACCUCUGCUCACCCAGCCACCGGGCGACACGAGACGGUCAGCAUACGCCGAUCUCCGAGGCGAUGCGUACCACUCGUACGAUGCGACGCAGGACGAAGGCCAACUGGACGAGUGCACCAGCGCACAGGAUCCCUACGCUGCCGACUACUCAGCACAAGCGUACCCGCAGUCGGGAGAGUACGCCGACGAACAAGAGUACGGCAUAGAGCCGGGCGAAUACGUGGAAGGGCAGGAAUACGAGGAGUGUGUGGAUGGACAGGAGUAUGUCGAGGGGCAGGAGUACGUGGCACAGGAGUAUCUCGAGGGGCAGGAGUACGAGGGACAGGAGUAUAUUGAGAGCGGGGAGAUUAUGGAGAGCGGGGAGUAUGUCGAGGGGCAGCGGUAUGGAACGGAGAACGGUGCGGACGAUUACGACAGUGAUCCCCUGGAAGACUACAGCGGCGGUCGCCGUCAGCAUGCCGAGUACGGCUAUCGCGGCAACCGCCGGCCGGACCGGAAUUCUGAGCGCGGAGAGCAAGAGGAGGAUGUCGUCCAGCACCACCCGCCCGCGUUCUGCGGCAGCGACAGUGUGUCGUGGCCGGCGCAUAGUCGCUGGCCUACGUGACUGUGAGGAGGAUGUAGUGUGGCAGCAUCCGCCCGCGUUCUGCAGCAGCGACAGUGUGUCGUGGCCGGCGCAUAGUCACCAGGUGGCGUGACUGUGUAGAGGAUGCUGGAUCCAUGUGGCACUUAGCCAUUGGUCGACAUACUAACUUUUUUACAAAUCUACAGCUCAAGUUGCGUAGUACUUACACACAUUUUACAUGGUCUGUGUUUAAGGAAUCACGACCUUCGUUGAGAUUUAGUGUCAAUGCUGUCUGUGAUGUGAUGCUGCGAUGAAGUUGUGCAUGCUGUAUAUCGGUUUGCUUCUGUCAUUGAGAGAACUGACAGUGCAAACGUGCUGUUUUCAUUGGCUCAUCGCGUAUAGUUUCUCAAAGCAAGAAAAUCGGAUAUCGCAGGUUAUAGACUGCAGGAUGCAACUAUAAAGAGUUGCAAGAGGUUUACUCGUAAUUUGCUUUAUCUGUUUUCCUUGCUAAGCUGGCUGAUGAAAGGGUGACGUCGCCAGAAUGUCAGAUAUCCUGCAUUUAACUUCUAAGAGGUCUGCCAGUGUAUGCCACAGGAGUGAGUGGCCGGGCGCACCACUAGCUUGAUGUGUUUAGGGUGAACAGUGGAGUGUGCAUCGCAUUGUAAAUAGAAGCGAGUCUGUGAAUUGUUACCGGUCUGUAUUGUUCUAGAACUGACAUGGAUCAGAUCAGAUAAGAGUCGUCUGUAGAAUAGUGAUGUUGUGUGUUCAAUUGCACCCUCUUUAACUUGCUUGAACGGCGUGUGUGUUUUAAUAUAUCAAAGCAUGUCAGUCUGUAAAUUUUAUUUGUAUGUGCGCCGGAAUAGCGGCACUGUGCUUAGAACUCUAGUAUUAUAAGGACGUUUAUUUUAAAUAGUUAAAAUCUCAACUGUUCAUAUUUUGAAAUUAUAUCAUUUUACACUUCUGCUGGUUAUUUUACAGGCAUGUAUUUUGCUUGCUCUUUGUUAGACCUAGGUAGUAUUAUCGGUAUUCGAACAAGAAGUAAUAGCUGCUAAGUGAAAUUCGUCCGUAGGAUUAAUCGUUUUGAUAGAAGGUUUCCAUCAGGGGUCUAAUUGUCAGAGAUUCCACAUUUAUCUUACUGGAUGUGUUUUAAGAGGUUUCGUUGACUAUUAGUGUAUGACUGCACUACUAGUAAAAUGUGCAUUUGUGAAAAUGGCUUCUUUUAUAUGCGCAUCACAUUCUACGAUACAUUGAUACGAUGGUUUUGUGAAAGUUACAUUGUAUAACCGCAUGUAGAACGAAUGCGGAGCGUAUGUUAAAUAAAUGUACCGUAUUAUAGUAUAGAUAGAA